UUGGUGUUCAGGUAUAUAAAUCGAGAAUGAGUUCAACAGAUGAAGAAUUAGAGAGUGGCAUAGGAUCAAUGAGUGUUACAGGACUAUCAGAACAACAUCAAGAAUUAGGGACAGAUCAGCCCUGUGGGACGGUAACCAAUCAAGGUUCUUCCCAAGCCGCAUCAACCAAUCAGGAUGAUCCCCAAGCCAAAUCAACCAAUCAGGAUGAUCCCGAAGCCAAAUCAACCAAUCAGGAUGAUCCCCAAGCCAAAUCAACCAAUCAGGAUGAUCCCCAAGCCAAAUCAACCAAUCAGGAUGAUCCCCAAUCCUCAGCAACACAUCAGCAGGAUGAUACUCAAGCCUCUAACUCACAGGAUGAAGAUCAGUCAUUCUAUGAGGUAGCACCCAUAUGUCCUGCUGAUACUGUUGUAGCAUUUGCAAGUCCACAUGGAUAUAUAAGCAAAUCUAGCUCCAAAACUGGUGGUUGGCUGUUGCAUUCGUUUGACGAAGUAUGUGAGAGAUACAAGAAUAAUACAGAAGGAUUAAACAUCCUCCAUCUUCUAACCCAGGCUAACAGUCCAGUGUGUUCUGGCAUGGCCUCAAAACAAUAUAAUGGUGGUAAGAAAUGUAUAGGAAGCUUUCAGCAUAGACUUGUAAAAGAGCUAAUUUUGGAGACUCGUCCUGUUGCAGAUGAGGAUGAGGCAGUUGAUGAGUAGUUGUUGUCAUUUUGAUCCAUACAAUACAUGUUUAUGAUAAUGUAGUAAUUUUUAGCACAAGUUGAACCUCGGAUAUCAUACUACUUGAAAUUGUUGUCUUUGAAUGACUUUUAGUUAACCCAAACCAUCCUGUUAUCUGACAAAGGAUUCAGCAUGGAGGAAUGAGUUUUAAGAUUAUCAUUUUACCGAUUUCCUGAUGAUUCUAGAUUUUACAUGUAUUAAUUUCACAAAUCAUUUGUACAUAUACAUGUAAGUACAAUGGACAAGUUUGUGUAAACACCAUUUCUUUUGACUGAUAGUAGCAAUAUUCUAACAUUAUAUAUUUUUUAUAUUGUUUUAUGGUGAUGUUACAAUGCACUUUACAUAACGAAUUUAUGCUGUUACAAUGAAAAGAUAUUUGCCAAUCGCACAUGUGGUUAUACCACAAUUUACCUGUAUAUGUAAGCGUAUUAUUAACAAUUAUUAAGAUAACAUGGUACUGGCCAUGAUGUGAUAAAGCAUUAUGUUGAUAAUUAACUGUAAUAUCUACCUAUAAUAAGGUACCUACUUUACAGCAUACUUGAACCAUUACAUCAAUACAUGUGCAUACAUGUAAGAAAGAUACAAAUAUAACAAUGUAUCGUAACUUUUUAUAUAGAAUUUAUUUGUGUAUGAACAUAUAUUAUUUGAACGGUGUAUAUACCUUUUAACAUUCUUGAAAGUACUUUUGUGAUAACCAGAAUUUUAUUGCAUGAAAUAUACAUGUACUUGUACUUCAAAAUUCCCAGGGUUUUCCAUAAGAGCCGGUCGCCGGCCAAUUUGACCGGCUACUUUGAUCAUUUAGCCGCCUACACCAAUCCAGUUCCGUAAUAAUGUUCCGUACACGACUACACGUACAUAGAAGGCCAGCCUCCUACUUUCACUACACAGCCUACUACUAACAAAAUUAUGGAAAACCCUGUAUUCCUUAUGUUGAAAUAAACCAUAGAUGAAUUGA